UCAGUAAGUUCAGUUUUGAUUAGUCUGUGGACGCAAGUAGCACGUCAAAAAUGUCGAAAAGUGUGUCAAAGCAAUUUUAUUUCACAAUUUACGAAUUUUAAAGCGCUAGUCCGCUCGCGAAAUUAAGCCGUCGCGUCCGUGAUCCGUACGCCUUACCAAUAAGAUUUUAGAAAAGGGAUAAGAAAAAAAAUAACCCAUUUGUAACUAGCUACUACCACAGACACCAUGAAAGUGUGGGGAGCGCACGGCGAGUUCUGUGCCAGACACCAGUGGGAGGUAAUCGUUGCCACCUUAGCCCUAUUGGCAUGUGCUGCCAGCGUCGAGAGACAUGGCACUGGCGCGAGAUCAGAAAGAUGCGCCGGUUGGGCCAGAGCUUGCCCUGGAUUGGAAGCGGAGUACCAAGCUGCAGAUGCAGUGGUAAUGACCUUCGUACGAUGCGCUGCGCUCCUUUACGCUUAUUACCAAGUGUCAAAUCUCCAGAAAAUCGCCUCCAAGUACCUUCUAAUCCUCGCGGGUAUCUUCUCCACGUUCGCCAGCUUUAUAUUCACUUCUGCAUUGGCCAGUUUGUUCUGGAACGAGUUGGCGAGUAUUAAGGAUGCUCCGUUCCUGUUUCUGUUAGUUGCUGACGUGGCUAGAGGUGCCAGGAUGGCUAAAGCUGGAUGGAGUGCAGGGGAAGACCAGGGCAAGAGAGUGGGGAAAGCCCUAUCUUUGUUGGGACCGACAGCGACGUUAGAUACACUUCUAGCGGUUUUACUGGUCGGAGUGGGUGGACUUUCUGGUGUUCCCAGGUUAGAACAUAUGUGCACGUUUGCCUGUUUGGCAUUGUUGGUAGAUUACCUGGUUUUUGUUACGUUCUACCCUGCCUGCUUGUCACUAGUAGCAGAUUUUGCUUCUGGCAGAAAGGAGAUGUCUCCGGACAGUCCGUUUUCUGAAGAGGACUUGAAACCAAACCCAGUUGUGCAACGAGUUAAAAUGAUCAUGGCAGCUGGAUUACUUUGCGUCCAUUUGACAAGCAGAUGGCCCUGGACAAGGGAUCAUGGUAUGAUUGAAGGAUCUUUGACUGAUGGUUUUAAGUCUACCAAUCAUGAAAAUGUCUUGUUUCACUCCUAUGUGAAAUGGUUUUCAGUAAGCGCUGAUUAUAUAGUUAUUGCAACAUUGUUAUGCGCUUUGAUUAUUAAAUUCAUCUUCUUCGAAGAGCAAAGAAAUUGGGUUAUUGAUAUGAACGAUUUGACAGUCAAAGAGGUCAUCCAUAAUAGCAGUAGCAAUAAGAAAAUAUUUUCCAUUGGUGAUGAAGAUCUGAAAACUGACACGUGUACGCAAACUGAUUCUGCGCUUAGUUUGGACGAAACUGAAUGGCCUUCGCUUUCCCCGAGCUCUUCGUUUUCCAGAUUAAAUUCUAAAAAACGUCCUAUGGCAGAAUGUCUAGAGAUAUAUCGUUCAGAAGGAAUCUGCACUUCGCUAAGUGAUGAAGAGGUAGUGAUGCUAGUCGAACAAUCACAUAUACCUAUGCACACUCUCGAAACUGUGCUUAACGAUCCUCUUAGAGGCGUCAGACUUCGUAGAAAAAUUAUAUCGACAAGAUUUGAAACGGAGGCUGCUAUAAAGAAACUACCAUAUCUUAAUUAUGAUUACAGCAAAGUUAUGAAUGCUUGCUGUGAAAAUGUUAUUGGAUAUGUUGGUAUACCAGUGGGAUACGCAGGACCUUUGGUUGUCGAUGGCAAAGCUUAUAUGAUUCCUAUGGCUACAACCGAGGGUGCUUUAGUAGCUUCCACAAACAGAGGAGCAAAAGCUAUAGGUACCAGAGGUGUUACUAGUGUUGUUGAAGACAUUGGUAUGACGAGAGCUCCAGCUGUAAAGCUGCCUAAUGUAGUAAGAGCACACGAAUGCCGCCAAUGGUUAGACAAUAAGGAUAACUAUGCAAUGAUAAAAACAGCGUUUGAUUCCACUUCGAGAUUUGCGCGUCUCCAAGAAGUUCAUAUAGGUGUUGAUGGUGCAACUUUAUAUUUAAGAUUCAGAGCAACGACUGGUGACGCUAUGGGAAUGAACAUGGUAUCCAAAGGCGCUGAAAACGCUCUCAAGGUAUUGAAAACCUAUUUCCCUGAUAUGGAGGUCAUUAGUCUAUCUGGAAAUUACUGUUCCGAUAAAAAAGCAGCUUCUAUUAAUUGGGUCAAGGGGAGAGGUAAAAGGGUUGUGUGUGAAACGACAAUCUCAGCUGAAAAUUUGAAGAAAAUCUUCAAAACCGAUGCGAAGACUUUAACAAGAUGUAAUAAAAUUAAAAAUCUCUCAGGAUCCGCUCUGGCUGGAUCCAUAGGCGGUAACAAUGCUCAUGCAGCAAAUAUGGUCACAGCUAUAUUUAUAGCAACAGGACAAGAUCCAGCUCAAAAUGUUACAAGUAGCAGUUGCUCCACUAGUAUGGAAAUUUGUGGUGAAAACAGAGAUGAUCUUUACGUAACUUGUACUAUGCCGUGUUUAGAAGUGGGAACUGUGGGUGGUGGUACAGUGCUAUCAGGUCAAGGGGCGUGUCUGGAAAUUCUUGGAGUCAAAGGAGCCGCAGUUCGACCUGCAGAAAACUCAGCCAGAUUAGCAUCUUUAAUUUGUGCUACAGUAUUAGCUGGAGAACUAAGUCUAAUGGCUGCGUUGGUUAACUCUGACUUAGUUAAAUCUCACAUGCGUCACAAUAGAUCGGCGGUUAAUGUUCAGGGGUCUACAAACUCAGUGUCUGACUUAGUACAACCCCAAAUACGUCAUAAUAUAUCAACACUUAACGUUCCAGGAGUCGCAAAUGGUAUGACUCUCAAAGUACCCAACUUAUAACAGUUGCUGUUGGAAAUUGAAUGAGCUAUUGGAAAGAAUGUGACUUAAAAUUAUGAAAGUCCAUUUAGGUUAUCAUUAUAUUAUAACAGGGUGGAAAUGAUGGUGAAAAACACAUACGCACAAUUAAUUCUCAGUCCUUGUUAACAAUUAAUACGUUUAUCGAAUCAAUAUCAAAGUAAGAUAUAUAAUUUCAAUUCAUUUCAUUUACGUCACCUAGUCUUCAAAUAGACGUAAUUGUAUGCUAUUACGUAAAACAUUCCAUUUUAUUUUAUCUCAUUUGUGUUAUUAUGUAUGCAUCAAGUCAAAAUGAACAUUUUAUUUUAUUGUUUCAAACAUUGAAUAAGUGAAAGGAUUUUUUAAGAUCUUUAUAUAUUCACUUUUGAAAUUAUGAAUUUUAAUUAUGUACUUAGUAAUUCUAUUACCUCUAAAAUAGUCAGUUUUAUUGUCUAUAUAUAUAUGUUAACAUUUGUUCAUCGGGUUGGAGAUAUUCAAUGUAAUUAAAAUAUCUUAAAAUGAUGAAAUAAAUUCCUUCCACCAUUUGUCAUUUACACCCUGUAUGGAAUUAAUCUACAACCCUCACUGCCGAUUAGUACAUGUAUUCCUUAAAUUUUAAACAACAUCUCAGAAAGGUAAAUAAAGCAUAAAAGGCAGAUAUUUUUAUCGUGAUUUCGCACAGUCAAAUGCUUGACAACUUACUAUUAACUAGGUUAUUAUUAGUGCUACUUAGUUAUCUCAAAUAAGCCGUAGACUACAGUAGUGUGUAGUAUGGUUUGGAUAUAGGCACAUAAAACCUUUAAAAUUUUUUAAAAGUAAAUAUUUGGCUACGUAUGGAAAUCAUAUCAUUUUAUGUUACGACUCAAUAAGAAUAUAAUCGCGGUUACAAAUAAAGAUAUGUUUAUUUAGUGGCUUUUUAAAUAUUCAAUUGAAAUAAAAAUAGAUACAUUUAGUUUGAUAAAUUGUCACUGUGUGCUUUUAAAAAUAGCUUAGACUAUGCUUUAAUUAUUGCGCUGAGUGUAAAACCUAUUAUAGUAUUAAUAUUACUAGUGAAUUUAGAAUGAAAUAGUGUUCGCAUGCAACCAUGUUUUCCACAAAGAUAAUCUACCGAUUUAUAUUUUGUAUGUACGAUAUAGAUUAGAAAAAGUGUUGUGCCUAAAGUGACGCCUUGUGUUACGCUCGACGAUUUAUUUAGAAAUCUAGUGUCUUCGGUUUUAUGGGACUUUAAUCAUUUAGGAUAACUUAAUGUAAAUCUACUUAACAUAUAUUAUUUAUUUAGUUUUUAACUGUUGACAUUAUUUUUGUAAAGUAAAUGGAAAAAUAUGAA